AUGUCCUGCACACGGAGCUUGCUGGACAGCCCAACCGAAGCCCCAAGACCAUCUUUUCACGGCUGCGAUGACCCAAGCAUAGCCCGGCUUGCCUCCAGACGACUGGUGCGCAGGCCAUCAAAACUUCAGACCACCAUGGAGGUGACAAGGUGCAGAUUUGGAAGUACAAGUCGGCAAGCUGCGCCAAUUGGAUGUGAGGAAUUCGUCCCUCAGAAGGACUGGACGCCGAUAUCACACGCCGUAUACCACGAUCGCGAAGCUGCUCUCCAACACUACUUACAGACUGGCGUGUCGCCGGAUGCUGUGGAAGGCCCGGGUGUCCCGCUUUUGUGCAUCGCUGUAGCAUGCGGGCACUUCGAGAUUGUGGAAAUACUUCUUAAGGCGGGUGCCAAUGUCAAUUCAGCAUCUAGAGACAAAGGAGAGACUGCUUUACAUAUCGCCGUCAGAAUGAGUCGUCACGACGUCAUCGAAUUGCUGCUUGUACAUCGAGCUGACCUGGAAUUAAAAACCUCUGAUACUGGCCAAACUCCUCUCCACUACGCUGCAGCGGCGCCCAACUCAAUCGCACUGGUCACGAAGCUACUCAAGCUUGGAGCAAAAUACGACGUGAAUGACCUCCAAGGUCAUACGGCAGCGGUGAUUGCACUGCAAGCUCACAAUGUCCAUGCUGCGGUAGCGAUCAUAAACAUGGCACGAGGGAAGCCCAAGCAGCUGGCGAAAGAGAAGGACAUGCUGAUGCAGCAUAUCGAAAUAGCACAUGAUCGAACAUCAGCGACCAACGACUUGAUUGCUGAUGUGUUCGCGGCCACCUGCGACCCAGACUCGACCGUGUUGAUUGAAGCGAUCAAGAGGAAUGACCCCAGACUAGUUGAGAUGUUCUUGGAAAGAGAAGCAGACCCUCGCCGGGCGACCACGAAAGGACUGAUGCCAAUAUUUGUGGCUGUUAAGUUUGCCAACUUGCGUAUUAUUAAGCUACUGGUCCAACAUGGCGCAGAAGUCACGACCAAAGGUCCAGGCCAGCUUAGUGUGUUGCAGGUCCUUUUCACGACCCUCGGUAGCCGCGACGAGGAUUCCAUUGUUCAUGUUGUUGGAUACUUGUUUGCCAAAGGUGCGGAUGCUACCACGCUGUAUCCCGAUGGCAAAACACUCCUCCAUCGAGCAGUGAGUGCGGGGAUUGAUCAUGCCAAAGUAGCAAAGCUACUGAUCAAGAACGGCAUCGACGUCGAUGCGCAAGAUGCCGAUGGGAACACCGCGUUGCACCUGGCAGCGUCCAAUGGUCUUGUAAAUACAACACAAUGUUUGCUAGACUCACGCGCGAACGCCACAGUCGUUGAUUCGAAAAAGCGCACAGCGCUACUCCGAGCCAUACAAAACCAUCAGUGGAUUGUUGUUCCACUAUUGGCGGUUCCUCCCGCGGUCACUUCGUGGGACGCGGAAGCAUCGACGGCGUUGCACCACAUUUCUCGAAGCACUCCUCAAGACCACGAUUCCUGGAGUGACAUUGCAGCUGCUACGAUACCGUUUUGCGAGCGUGGUAUUUGCAGGAGCAUGCGAGAUCGAUCCGGCGCAACGCCUCUCAUACAAGCAAUCAGACUACUACCCGAGGAUGGCCUGCCUGUAGUUGAAAGUCUGCUCACCAAAGGUGAUGGGAAGUGGAACUGUGUUGGACAUGAGGACCACAAGAGGCAUGAUGCGCUAUAUUACGCUGCGACUCUUGGCAAAACCAUCUUUGUGAAGGCGCUGCUUGAGAAUGGUGCUCCUUUUGUACUCGAAGAUUGGAGCAGUGCUCGAGGACAGCUCAGGCUACCCGCAGCUUCGAACGAUGAGAUUCUGGAACUGAUUGUCGAAAGUGACCGUUCAAGAAAAGCGCAGGCAAUU